AUGUUCGGGGCCCACGUACCCCCACCCCGAAAACAGGGAGCAACCCGGGUUGGCUUCCUUGGAGGUGUGAUACAGGCUGCCUGGGUCUUCGUGGAGGUGAUCACCUGCUUUUGGAGGAUGCAAUCGAGCCCAUUCCUGGAGACAGUGCCCCACCCCAAAGUGAAAUAUGAUUGGAGAAGCCUACUUCUCCCGCCCCUUGCCCCCCCCUCCCCCCCGCCACGCGCCGCCCUCCGCCGCCCGCGUUCAGUUCAAGCGCUGUGCGGCGCCUGCUUCUGUGUCACCUUCGAGGCCAAGGUGCUACACACUGUGCUGGCAGGCUGCCUGCUGCCCCCCGGGGCCGUGGUCGCCCUGGGCGCCUCGGGCGGCAAGUACUCCACGGUUCUGGCGCACGUGCUGCAAGAGCUUGGGCCGCGCCUGGGCGUACCGCUGCGCCUCGUGGCGGUGGACGAGGGCAUCGGCGGCUACCGGGAUGCGGUGCUGGAGGCCGUGCGGCGCUAGGCAGAGCGCUGGGAGCUCCCACUCACCAUCGUGGCCUACACGGACCUCUUCGGGGGGUGGACGAUGGACGCCGUUGCGCACAGUACGGCAGAGUUGGGCCGAAGCUGCGCCUGCUGCACCUUCUGCGGGGUGCUAAGGCGCCGGGCACUGGAAGAAGGUGCGUGCCGCUUGGGAGCCACGCACAUCGUGACAGGCCACAACGCCCACGACAUGGCGGAGACCGUGCUCAUGAACUUCCUGCGGGGCGACACUGGGCGGCUGGCGCGGGGCGACCUGGGCUCGCCCGGCGAGGAGGCCGCGCUGCCCCGCUGCAGCCCUCUGCAGCUCGCCUCGGAGAAGGAGGUGGUGCUGUACGCGCACUUCCACCGCCUGGACUACUACUCCGAGGAGUGUGUGAACGCGCCCGAGGCCUUCCGCGGGCACGCUGGAGACCUGCUCAAGCCCCUGGAGGUGGUGUGGUCGUCAGUGGUGCUGGACCUCGUGCACUCGGCUGAGCACCUAACGCUGGCACCCACCGCGCAACCCGCACCGCCCGGUGCAUGGACCCGCUGCGUGAGGCUGGCCAGCCGCCCGCUCUGCCAGGCCUGCGCGCUGCUUGACGGGCUGGACCGCGGCGGGCCAUCUGCAAAGCCCGCAGGGGUUGCCACGGGCCGGACCCCGGACCCCUCCUUCCGCGAUCCUCCCCGCCUUCUAGUGCCUGGGGUGCUCCGGCAGGGGUCCCCAUGCUUGGGACGGUGA